UGGCUCAGUCUUGAUCCGGACACCGGAGAAGACAGUCGCAGGAAGGGAGACCAGAAGACAGUCCACUCCCUCAGCCCCCAGCCCUUGGGGGCUGACGGGUAGCCAUGGACUUGUACCUGAACAACUGUUUGAAGGCUGCCGAGGCUGCCGCCUCCAAAGCGGCUUCUGGCAACCUCAAAACUGACAAAGACACUUGUAGUACCAAGAAACAGAAACCUGUUGUUCCAAAGAUUGGACCAUCUAGCCUGUUGGACUUACCCCUGGGGGCGAAACUACCUAUUAUCCCAGGAAGUACUAACAUAUUCUAUACCACAAAUAUAAGUGAAAAGCUCUAUCGGCCUUCUUUUGGUUUUAAUCUUAGUGAUCCUUACUGUAGACUCAUGGAAACCACCUACCAAAGUCUUCACGAUCCACAUCUUAAAGCAUACUUCAGACGAAAAGACAUGCUCAAGAAACUAAGACAGGGAGGAUACAUCACCAGCAAUAACAAAGUCAUAUGUUCCUUAAAAGAGUUGAACAAAUACAGACAAUAUCUUACCACUUUAAAAAUUGACUUUGAGAGAAAUUAUGUCAGGGAACAAAAAAUUAUAGAAAGCCAGGUGAAUAAGCUGAACGAAGAGAGACGAGCUUGUGACGAAGCUGCCGCUGCUGCCUCAUUUCAGCAGUGGUUGUUACGAGAAGGGAAGAAGACCUCCCCGCAUCAAGACCAAAUAAUAAAAAGAAGUGAAAGCCAGGAAUGGCAAUCCAAGGAGAUGGCACUUCUAUCAAAGAUUGGAGAAGAAGUUAAGAGAGAAGCAAAAGCUGACGAACAUCGGCGAAAAAUCAGAGAGGAAAUUAACCAAAAGAAACAAGUAAUGCUUCAGAAAAGAAUCGCCUACCAUUUACAAAAACUGCAAGAAAAAGAUAGUAAAGAAGAAAGUGUAAAGAAAAAGCGGGAAGCAACCGUCCCUGAAAGCAAAAGACAACCUGAAACAGCUUCGUCAAUAACGCAAAAAAGAUCAAGUUUGGCUGAGGAGAACACGUCUCCAGAACAUCUAGAACGAAAAUCAUCUAUAUCAAGUUUAAGGACAAGUUUCUCUGACGAAAGACUAUUACAAGAAUCAUGGAUCGAUGAACAAAGACAGUUGGCAGAAUCAAGAGAGUCAAAAUCUACCUCACAAGCGACAAAACCCAGUUUUGACGAAGAGAAAUCUUCAUUUUACGAACUUCUGGAGACAAAAUUUUCUUCGACAGGUGCAAGGAGAUCGAGUUUGCCUGAUGAGCAGACCCUUCACGAAUUUAUGGAACCUAAACAUCAUCGUCAUCCCAGUAUGAAGAAAACAAGUUUUGCCGAGCAGACAUUGUUUUACGAACCUACUGAGCAAAAAUAUGGUCCAGCAACUACAAAAAGAUCAAGUUUUAUCAACCAGAAAUUCAUUGGAGACCUCCUAGAAGCAAGAUAUCUCUAUCCAAAUACCAUGAGACCAAGUUUCACCGACCCCAGACUGAAGGAAGAUAAUUUGGAAACAAAAUCAGCUCCACCAAAUGUAAAGAAAACAAGUUUUGAUGAAGAUAGGUCAUUUCAACAACUCAUGGAUGCAAUAACACCUCCACAAUACAUAAAGAAAACAAGCUUCGCUGACCAAAAAUCAUCUCAAGAAUCUCUGGGAUCCAAACGAUCAAGCCUAUAUUCUCAAAGUCAUAAGUUUUUUGUUAAGACAUCCGCAAGUUUACCACCUCAACAGAGGAGCGGACCAAAUACAACAGAGCAAAAGCAUGAUAGAGAAACAUCAAGGAGAUCACAUCAUUCUCUUGACAGAGGAACCAAAAGAAUCUCAAUUCCUGCUUCAUCUCAUACUUCGCAAGCAACAGAAGUUUCCAGACAAUCUCUCCAUGAUAUUCCGAAACAAGAGGCAAAUAUUCCUUUUCAAAACACACAUAAACAGAGAAAGUGAUUUAUGAAAUUAUGAUCAAGAUUAGUG